AUGACUAUACUACCGUUCAUAAAGUGUAUGCCACUCUCACUCUCCCUUACCCUCGAGAGCCACUCUCACUCUCCCUUACCCUCGAGAGCCACUCUCACUCUCCCUUACCCUCGAGAGCCACUCUCACUCUCCCUUACCCUCGAGAGCCACUCUCACUCUCCCUUACCCUCGAGAGCCACUCUCACUCUCCCUUACCCUCGAGAGCCACUCUCACUCUCCCUUACCCUCGAGAGCCACUCUCACUCUCCCUUACCCUCGAGAGCCACUCUCACUCUCCCUUACCCUCGAGAGCCACUCUCACUCUCCCUUACCCUCGAGAGCCACUCUCACUCUCCCUUACCCUCGAGAGCCACUCUCACUCUCCCUUACCCUCGAGAGCCACUCUCACUCUCCCUUACCCUCGAGAGCCACUCUCACUCUCCCUUACCCUCGAGAGCCACUCUCACUCUCCCUUACCCUCGAGAGCCACUCUCACUCUCCCUUACCCUCGAGAGCCACUCUCACACUCCCUUACCCUCGAGAGCCACUCUCACACUCCCUUACCCUCGAGAGCCACUCUCACUCUCCCUUACCCUCGAGAGCCACUCUCACUCUCCCUUACCCAUCGAGAGCCACUCUCACUCUCCCUUACCCAUCGAGAGCCACUCUCACUCUCCCUUACCCAUCGAGAGCCACUCUCACUCUCCCUUACCCAUCGAGAGCCACUCUCACUCUCCCUUACCCAUCGAGAGCCACUCUCACUCUCCCUUACCCCUCGAGAGCCACUCUCACCUCUCACGUGGCCGCACUGGUGCCAGCAAGAAGCCAUACUUUAUUGAUAAUGCUAAAUAG